UUGGCUGUGUGGCUCACGGCUACUUCCGACCUGCGUCUGCAGCGCCUCAGUGCAGCCGUGGGAGCGAGGAUCCGCCAUGACGUCUGACAGACGCUGAAGUGACUUUGAAACUGGCGCUUUGUCAUGUGUUGAGAACCUGCUUGGUUCCCUGGUGCCAUGCCGAAGAGUGACACGUGGCCUGGUGGCGCCGCCAUAAACUCAGCGAUGAACAUGGACAGCGCUGGCAGCUGCGACAGUGUCAUCAGUGUGAACUCUGCCUGCAGCGACGACAGCAUGGACCACUUGUCCGCCGAGGAGAGGGCGUGUCUCAUGUAUCUGGAGGAGAUGAUCGAGUCGGUGGAGGUGCAGGACGACAGCGGGCUUUCCAACGACGAGCCGGAGCUGCUGCUCCAGAGCAGAGGAGCAGUCGACACGGCCAGGGUGAGAGCUGAGAAGCUGGACGUCGUGGACUCGGCAGCUGGAGGAGAGCAGCCCCUGUCGGAGGAGAUGGAUCUGGCUCUGAUCCCUCCUCCCUCUGACUUCAUGGACGUGCCCAAGACCUCCCUGCUUCCUGAGUCCAGCCAGUCGAGUGAAGCGCCGCCGGAGUCGGUGGAGCAGCUGCUCCAUGGUGCCGCGACUCCGCCUCCUGACCCCGCAGCCCUCCCUCCUCCUCCUCUGGAUCUAGUGGCGCCCAGAAGCCCACCAGCCGUGGCACCGAAGCCCAAGAAACUCCCCCCCAACAUCAUCCUCAAGUCGCACAAAUCCCCCGCCGCUGACAGCAUGAACUUCUCGCCCCCUGCUGGCAGUGACCGGAACAUGCUUGACCCCCAGAAAGUCCGCAUGGAGGCCCUUCGGAAGCUCGGGUUGCUGAAAGGUGAGGAGAAAGAGCCGGGCCCUCUUCUGAGCCCCAGACAUUCUCCGAAGGUGAGGAGGCCGGCGCCGUCUUCACCCGCCGCUCCCAGACCCCCGUCCGUGAGCAGCCUCCCAGCAUCACCUCCCGCCUCCUCCUCGCACCAGGACCUUCUUCCAGCACCGGCCGCGUUCUGCGAUCCAGAACCAGUGCCGCCCUCCCCGCCCCUCCCUCCGCCCGUCGUGCUGCUGACGCCGCCGAGGCCAGUGAAGGCGGCCACUCUGGAGCGCUCAGGUCCGGGACUGACACCCGGCGACCUGCGCAACACCAGGCCCCGCCCCGCUUCUCUGGGGAGCAGCGAUGAGUUUGUGAAGGUGCAGCUGGCCAGCAGAGACGCCGACACUCGCCGGCCCCACCCCUCCCCGGGGAAGCUGCCCCGCUCCCAGGGCAUCAGCGUGCUGAUCUCCCCUCGAGCUGAGAACGAGGAGGACCGCCGCCAGGCCCUGAGGAAGCUGGGACUCCUCCAAGACUGAGGCGGAACGCUGAAACAUCUGGGAUGCAGCUUCAACUGUGUUCACCUGACUUUUUGCUCUGUUGUGGUUGGCUGGACUAAAAAGAGGGACAAAGCUCGGGUACAUUUUGCUGCCACUUCCUUUCAUCUCCCCGUUUUCACUGCAUUUUAUCCAAGAAAGUGCCACUCAUGGAGGAAGUAAAUCCAUAAAUUCCCCUGGCUUGUCUUCAAAAGGUGCUCAGAUAACCAUCAACGCUGAGUCACUUCACGCUGUCUUAGUGUCGCGCCUCGUCGUGCCUGUUCAGACGGUAAAAACCAAACACAUUUUUUUCAAAGAAACGCCACAAAUCUCAAUUUGAUGAAUUCAGUGUGAAUGACGACAGGAAGCCGGUCUUUUAAACCUGGUUUUACUGGUUUUUGAACCCAAGAAAGUUAGUUUCUCCGCCAUCAGCUUUGGAUUUUUCUUGACGCAGAAACCUGAUUUUUAAAGGCAAAGUUCCGCCUGAAGCUGCUGGACCUGUUCGAUGAGGCUGCUAAUAUUCUGAUUGGAUGAUGUCGAGUCAGUCAGUGGAGUCUCUUCAGCUCACAGGCGGGGAGCUAUUUCAAACAUGCGAGCCACGUCAGGUGCCUGUCGCCGCGCAUGAGCGCCGCUGCAGCCGCAGCUCUGGGGCGGAUGGCGCUCGGUCUCAUGGCGUGUGAAACCCGGCUCCGGCGUCGACUUCUGUGAACCUGUGCGGCUGGUUUUCUCUAUUUUGCAAAUUCUUCAUAGUUUGAUGUGAUGCCUUCAGGGACUCAUUCAGAGUCUCGGCUCAUUUUUGAGGGAACAGUAACAAAAUGGCUGGAAUAAAAUGUAAAUCCAGCGUCUUUGUAACGCGAAUGCUGUUAAAACAAGUGAAUGGUUUUAUGCAGCGAAAGAGGUUUUUAGGUCACACGGAUCCUCACCAGACGUAUCCGACUUGGCAAGUUGGUGCUUGAAUGUCUGCAGUGUCAAGUUGAAUGCCCUUCAUACUUUGAAUGAUCUUUGUUAGCGUAACCACACCUGUCUUUUCUAAAAAUAGAACGUUUUAUCUGGUAAAUGGAAAAGACAAACUGUAA